AUGAUAGUGAUUUUAUUACUAGUUAUAUGUACUUCAACUUAUAUCAGACAGAUGAAACCUGAUUUAAUUAAUUCACAUAGACAUGGAUUUAGAGGAUUCUUUAGAAGAAGUGCUGUAAUUGGAGUAUUUUAACAAUAUAAUAAAAUCUAGGAUAGAUUAUCACCAUUAGUAUCAGGUUUAUGUUUUAUUAUGGGUGCUUAUGUGUUGUUAAUACGAUGA